AUGUUGGAAGACGAGUGCUGUAGGGAGAUUGCAGUUCGCUCGAAAGGCACGGCAAUGAAGGGAACGCAGGUCAAUCAAGGGGCUCACAAAGUAAAGGAAGUACGUAAUUAUAUCGAGAUUGAUACAAUUGGCUUCCGGAAAUCAACUUAUAUGAGCAGUUAUGUUAUGGGAACUUCAUCAAUUGGUGGUGGAAAAAAAUGUUUCAAGUUACCAUUCUCUGUUUGCAGUCGUAUUCUGCUUCAUGCAGGCGAGAAAGGAAAUGCAGACUACAUUUCAGCACUCUUGUCAGUGUUGAAACAGCAAGAGACUACCAUUGACAGAAUUGUUAUCACCCAUUGGCAUCCUGACCAUAUAGGAGGCUUAAUGGAUGUUCUUGGUUGCUUAGGAGGUUGUGUUAAAGUAUACAAAUUUCCUCGAGCUGAUGCUCCUGAUGAGCCCCUACAUGAGUCGGUUAGACUCAUAAAACUCAAGCACAAUGAUGAAAUCAAAACAGAAGGUGCAACUCUCAAAGUUCUUCAUACUCCAGGCCAUACCACUGACCAUGUUGUACUAGCAGUGGAGGAGGAGGGGGCAGUGUUUAGUGGUGACUGUAUAUUAGGGGAAGGAACGGCAGUAUUUGAAGAUCUUCAUACAUAUAUGGCUUCACUAAAGUUAAUCAUGAACUUACAACCAAAGGUUAUCUUUCCUGGCCAUGGCCCGGUGAUAGAUGAUCCAGUGAUCAAAAUUCAGCAUUAUAUCGAGCACCGCAAUGAAAGAGAGAUCCAGAUCCUUGACGUUCUUGCUAGCAAUCCAACAAAAUUUUUAUCAUCCAUGGAAAUAGUCAAGCUUGUUUACAAGGAAACUCCUGAGCACCUACACAGAGCAGCCGAGUUCAAUGUGACCCAUCAUUGGCAGAAACUCUUCAAGGAUGGCUUAAUUCGUAAUCAAUGAAACAAGUGGUGUCAUAUUGACAGGAAAGAUCAAUUGUAGUAAAGGCUCCUGUGUGUGCCGUGUCCCAUAUAAGAAAAAACCAAAUACCAAAGAAUUUUCCAUUGAAUGUUUGUUUGUUUUUCAGGUUAUUAUUGUGUGUUAUUAGUAUCAUCUUAACUCUUGUGGGUUGUGAUGAGAUCUACCAUUUAUGUGUAUUUUAGUUUGUGUUUUGAUAGAGUAUUAGGUAUGCUUAGGGGUGCCUUCUUGCCAUGGCCUGUGGCUGGGGGGAUUGGUGCCCUGAAGCUACAUAAACACCCUAUACCCCCCUGAAGUGACAAGGGAAGUUAGGGGACAAGAAUUGCCCUAUUUAAUUGAAACUAGUUCUGUGUAUCUUGUAUCUGUUAUAUGUGUUGAUUCCAUGGGGAAUAAUAUGAAUGAGGUAAAAUUUAAAACCAAUACUUCUCUCUUAAUAGUAUCUUGAGAGAAUUAGCUUCAUUCUUUACAUGGUACUGUGGGUGAAUUAUAAGGUGUCUUUAAGACAAAGACAUCCAAACAACCCAAGUUUGAAUCAACUCUGAAUUGAUGAAUUAGUGUCUGUAUGUAUGAACAGUAUAUACAGUAUAUCUGUUUAUGUCAAGGACUAUGUCUUGAAAUGUUUCAUCAUUGACAUGGCAUCUCAUGUUUGGAAGGUUUUUGUUAUCCAACCUGUCAGUUUUCUUGCAGUUCCAACAGCAACUUUGUUGUGUUCUUUUAAAGUAAGGUCUUCUGAUAUGAUUACUCCUAAAUCUUUUACAUUGGCUUUUCUUCAAUAGUGUGGUUUCACUGUGUUUUUUGUGGUUUGUGCUUUGAUGUUUUUGUUGUUUACAUAGUGCAGUAAUUAGAACCUAUCCUCAUUGAACAUCAUGUUAUUUUCUGUUGCCCAUUAAUUAAGAUCAGAUUAACAAGGAUGUUUGCUUUAUCCUGUUCUCUGUCUGUCUACUCAUGAAAAAUCUAGUGUCAUCUGCAAAGGAUGAUACAGUACUAUAAUUUGUAUCCUUGUCUAUGUCUGAUAUGAGGAAGAGGGGAAAAGUAGACGAACAAGCACAAUACCUUGGGGACACAGGGAACACAAAAAAGGGGAGCUGAGCUUUUCACAAUGGAUGACUUAGAUUUUACUUUGUUCACUAUUACACUCUGGGUUCUGUUUGUUAACAAGUUAAAGAUCCAUCUCCCUAGUACUUCGUAAAGGCCCAAAUCUACACAGUAAAAUAACAAUAUACUGGA